UGGGGAUUGCGAAUACUAUUCGCCGAAUAGUAUACUUGCAUUGUUGCACACUUGCUGCAGUUUAUAUUCACUAGUCACUUUGUACAUUUAGAAGGAGCAUUACUCAAUUACUGCAUUACUAGUCUGAACUACGUGUUGAUGUUGUCUACGUUCUUCGUAGUAGAUUAGAUGUACUGUAAGACUUCAUCGUCCUCAAUAGUUUAUAAUUAUAUUUCUAUAGCUUUCGAAGUGCAUUAAACAAAAAAAUAAAAUAAACUUCAUUUCGCGCCAUGACUUUAAAAUUAAUUUUUAUUAUUAAAUAUUCACAUACUUUGUCUGUUGUUACUGCUUUUUAAAAAACAUAGUGUUAUAAUGGAACCUGUAGUUAAUUGGAAUCCGCGAGAAGUGUCCAUUUGGCUGGAGAAAAAGGGUCAUAGUAAAUAUUCUCGAAUACUUACUGAAGAUCAUUGCAUCGAUGGCCGUGCUCUUUUACUCAUUAAUGAAGCUGACUUAAAAAGUCCACCUAUAAGUAUUAAUGUCUUAGGUGAUAUAAAAAGAUUAAUGUUGGAUAUUCGUCAGUUAAAAGUAGAAAAUCGACAGACACUUUUGCAACUUGGAUUUGAUCCUAUAUCGCUACUUACAAAACCUGUAUGUAGUGCACAUGUUUAUGGAACUCAAUUCCGACCAGAUCCAUUUAAUUUUUAUGAUGACAUUCAUAUGAAUCAUGGGUCUGAUGUAACCGCCACGUCUUCCCAUAGUUCAGAAUUUGAAGAAGAUCGACGAUUAAAACCAGAGAUAUGGAAAGCUCUCAUUGCGAUGGGCUACCUGUUCACCGUCACUUGGAUCACGGCAUUCGUUAUGGUGAUCGUCCAUGAUCGCGUGCCUGACAUGAAGAAAUAUCCCCCGUUGCCGGACAUAUUCUUGGACAACGUGCCUUACAUCCCUUGGGCGUUUCACAUGUGUGAACUGACGGGCACCGUAUUGUGUUUCGUGUGGCUCGCCGUACUGGUCUUCCACAAGCACCGUUUUAUAUUACUGAGGCGGUUUUUCGCUCUAUCAGGCACAGUCUUCCUGUUACGGUGCAUCACCAUGAUCAUAACUUCCUUGUCCGUGCCGGGCACGCAUCUAGAAUGCACGCCCCGAAAGAAGCCAGCGUAUUUGGAUGAUGGAAAUUUUCUGGGAGAAAUGGUAUACAAGAUGCAACAAGCGUAUGUGAUAUGGCGAGGGGCUGGCAUGUCGAUACAAGGGGUUCGCACUUGUGGCGACUAUAUGUUCAGUGGACAUACAGUGGCAUUAACCAUGUUAAACUUUUUCAUCACUGAAUACACUCCGCGCGACAUAUAUUUGUUACAUACGUUCAGCUGGCUCUUAAAUAUGUUCGGUAUAUUUUUUAUACUUUCGGGUCAUGAACAUUACUCCAUUGAUGUAUUCAUUGCCUUUUACAUUACGUCAAGACUAUUCCUAUACUACCACACACUAGCCAACAAUCAAGCAUUGAAUAACAACGUUGAUUCUUGUCGGACGCGAAUUUGGUUUCCAUUGUUUAGUUUCUUUGAAUCUUCAUGCAGUUGCAUGGUACCAAAUGAAUAUGAAUCGCUGACGGAAAUUGCUGAAAAUCUGGCGUGUUCAACUUACAACAAUUAUUUAGUCAUUAAAUCAGCUAUCAAGACUCAGAUUUUGCUAUUGCGGGCACUACCGUCCAACCAAACAGUACAAAUUGGUCCAACUUCUUUAGUUGGCGCAGGCGCAAUUAGGUCAAGAACACCAAUUGUUUUGAUUAAAAAAAAAGAUAAAUAAUUCAGAAUGCAAACGUGAACGCACAAAUAAUUUUUCGCCUCAUUUGUGGAUUAAUAUAAAGUUGAUUUUUUAGACCGAUGCACAGAGUAUAUACUUACAUUAAUGUUGUAUUAAAAAUAAUUAUUAAACAUUGAAUUUUGUGAUAUAAAGUUAAUAUUUGAAAGGCUAUAAGCCAAAUAUGAUUAUAUUUUAUUAUUUGUCCUCUAGUUAUAUUCAUCAUUAUAUUGUUUAAUUGUUAUUAUAUUGUUGCAUGGAAAACCUCUCUAUUACUUCCAUUUCCUCUGUAGUGUUAAGUAAUAUUUUCUUAUUCUAAAUAUGAAUCCUAUUACUUGAUUUUUGAUUUAUAAAACAAAAAUAUUAAUGAUACUAUUAGAUAUUUUUAAACCUGUUUUUUUUUUACAUUUUAUAAUUUGUAUUAAAAUUCCUAUAGGCAAUAAUACCUAAUUAUUAGUUAUUUUAUUUUAUAUUUUAUGUUAUUGAAAAAGUUUACUCUUUACUGGCCUCCUAAUUCAGUGGGCACCUACCUAAAAUAUAUUUUACUACAGACUUAAAAUUUAGUUAUUUUGUCAUUAACCAGUUAUCAUCAACAAUGUAUGUUCAUACAAAAUGUAAAAAUAUAUUUACCAACAAAUAAAUAUGUAUCUGUUGUUAAAUAUUAUAUACAAGAUUUACUCUUACAUUAAUAAUGAAUAUAUUUUUAUUUUUCUGCUACUUUUCGAAUUCAACUGUAUAUUUUAAUAUUAUACCUAAGCAAUAUGAAUAAUAAAUAAAAAUAUUAUUUUCAGUACACCCUAUUA